CGCGGCAACGCCACUUUUCGCUCUCUCAAACAUUGUUCUUUCUCAAAAUUCUGUUUUUUUUUCUUAUUUAUUUCUUUUUUAAAAUUUCUCUAAAAAAUCUUCUUUCUCUAAUUCUUAUUUUUUUGUUAAAUGUGUUGGUUCAGCUGGGAAAAGGCCGGCAAUUGAUAAAGGAAGUCAUUGAUGGCCCCAACAAGAAAAUAUAAAAGUGUGAACAAACAAUAUUCGAGUAAAUGUGAAGUAUCUCCUGAUAAAGACGCAGGAAAUUCAAGAAAAAGUAACCCAAAGAAGAAACUAUUUGACAAGCUAGGGCCUCCAUGGAGCAAGGCAGAGAUUGAGCGGUUUUAUAAAGCUUAUCGGGAGUAUGGGAAAGAUUGGAAGAAGGUGGCUGCUGCUGUGCGUAACAGAUCCACUGAAAUGGUGGAGGCCUUUUACAUUAUGAAUCGGGCAUAUUUAUCCUUGCCAGAUGGAGUAGCAUCUGUAAUUGGCCUUAUAGCAAUGAUGACUGAUCACUAUAGUGUCCUGGGAGGGAGUGAUGCAGAAAUAGAGAGCAAUGAGCCUUCUAAAAUACCCCGGAAAACUCAAAAGCGCAAGCGGGUAAAGGCUCAUUUUGGUUCAUCAAAAGAGGAUGUUUUUCUGCCCCAAUCAAUUGCAUCCACUCAAGGAUGCCUGUCUUUGUUGAAAAGAAUAGGCUUUAACGGUAUAAAUCCUCAUGCAGUUGGGAGAAGGACUCCUCGAGUCCCAGUUUCAUAUUCAUAUAGGAGAGACGACAUGGAAAAUUAUAAUCCGCCAAAAAAAAGAGUUAAGAAGUCAGAGGCUAAUGAUAAUGAUGAUGAACAUGUCGCUGCAGUCACAUUGACUGGGGCAUUGCAAAGAGGAAGCUGCCCACAGUUUUCUCAAAGACCUUAUAAAAAGGCUGAAUGCAGAAGAUCCGCACCUGUUCAGUGCUAUGAUCGGAUGUUGCUUCAAUCAGAGACAACCAAGGCCAAGCUCCCUAGUUCUUCCAGUAAACACCGGAUUGAAAGCAGGCAUGGAGGCAAGGAACCUGUCAUUGGAACUUACAUAAAAGAUACAGGCCCCACGGAGGAUAUGGAAGGUGCUGGUACUGUAGAAGUGCGUGAAAAGGGGAAAAAGGUUUACCGGAAGAAAGUGAAAGCUGGUGAGUUCAUAAACAAUUUGUCUGAUGAUGGUGGAGAAGCAUGUAGCGGCAUAGAAGAAGGAAUUAUAGAUAGGGCUGUCAAAGGAAAAGUUGAGAUGGAGAUUUCCCGUGGAAAAAGUAAACUUUCACCAUGGAGUCAGAGGAAGAAAAGCAAGAAGAUUGUCUCGGGAGAUGAGAGCGCUUCCCUAGAUGCCCUACUGGCAUUAGCCAAUUUGUCUACAUCUAUAUCUCCAGCAUCAAUUAUAGAAUCUGAAGUAUCUGCCAAAUUCAAAGAGGAUAGAAUUGCACGUGAAACAGAUGAGAAGCCAAGUGCAUCUGAAGCUGCUUCUACAAGUCAUCGUAGAGAUGAAACUAAGCACAUAGGGCCAAAAGAAAAGGUGCUCAACUUAAUCACUGAAGCUGAAGAUGGUACCUCCAGAAAAUCAAAAGUUGGAAGGUAUUCAGCUAAGGAUGACAAUGUUGUUUCUGAACCAAAGCAACAGGCAGAAUCUACCAAUAACUCAAAGAAAAGAAAAAGCAAAUCCUUCAGUACUUCACAGCUGCAGAUUUCAAAUCCAGAAGCUCGAAUGGAUUCUCCUUUCAUACAAUCUUUUGAUAAUGAGGACAUGGCUGAAGAAAUGAACAAAAGUCUCACUAAAGGAAGCAGUGCUCAAUCUUCUGUUCAAUCACAACAAAGGAAAUCAUUCAGAGUGCCAGAGGAUUCCCUCACUAAAAAUGAUCCAAAAUUUGCUGAAACUGAUUCACUGGUGUCAACUUUUCAAGUUCCUGCGGAAUCUAAACUAGUUAGCUUACCAAAUAAGCAUCAAAGUAGACGUAAAAUGAACCUGAAGAGAGCGUUACUUUCAACAGAUAUAAAUUCUCUCAAUUACACCUUAGCAAAUCAACCAAACAAGGACUCUCUCUCACAAGACGGACUAAAGGAAAGGCUCUCUUUCUGCUUAUCAUCUAAUCUGGCAAGAAGAUGGUGCUCUUUUGAAUGGUUUUACAGUGCUAUUGAUUAUGCUUGGUUUGUUAAGGAGUUCGUGGAGUACUUAAAUCAUGUUGGAUUAGGUCACAUUCCAAGGCUUACUCGUGUUGAGUGGGGUGUCAUAAGAAGUUCCCUUGGCAAACCUCGGAGGUUUUCCGAACGCUUACAUGAAGAGAGGGAAAAACUUAAACAGUAUCGGGAGUCUGUGAGACAGCAUUAUGCUCAACUUCGCAUUGGUACCACGGAAGGACUUCCAACGGAUUUGCCACAACCUUUAUCAAUUGGGCAACGUGUAAUUGCCAUUCAUCCCGAAACGAGGGAAGUUAAUGAUGGAAAAGUACUUGAUUUGGAGCAUGACAGUUUCAAGGUCCAGUUUGACCGUCCCAAAUUAGGAGUUGAACUUGUCACGGAUAUUGAUUGUAUGCCAUUAAACCCAUUGGAAAAUUUGCCGGAAACUCUUGGGAGUCAAAAUCUUGCUUUUGAUAAAUUCCCUGCGACACCCAAUGUGUCUCAAGUAAAUGGACAUUCAGAUUUUCGUGGGUCCGGGGUAUACGCUCCAAGUGGGCAUCUGGAGAAUGCAACUAGCUCUGUGAACAUGUUGGCCAAUCCAAUAAAGGUGGAUGCAAGCCGUAAUGUUUUGAAUGCUAAGACAUCUGUUCCUAGUGUUGUUGCUGCACAUCAAACAGCAAAUGGUCUACCCCUUACCAUGGCCCAUAUCCAAGGGAGGGAAGCUGAUAUACAAGUUAUGUCUGAGUUGAACCGUGCUCUGGACAAGAAGGAAGCUAUAUUGAUGGAGCUCAGAAAUACGAAUGACGACAUAUUGGACAACAAAAGCGGAGGAAAUUGCUUAAAAGGUUCUGAGCCUUUCAAGAAGCAUAUUGCAACGGUACUUGUACAGCUAAAGGAAGCCAAUGGCCAGGUUUCUUCUGCUUUACAUAACUUGAGACAACAUAAUGCUUACCCAGCAAACCCAGUAUCACCACAGCAGAAACCUCCAACUAAGUCCAAUUUCUUAGGUAGCUUGACAAGUUCUAUUGACAGUUCUCUUGUUUCACUAGAAUCUGAUUCUGUUGCGGGCGAAAUUGUUGAAGGCUCAAGAUUAAAAGCGGGUUCUAUGGUGGAUGCCGCUAUUAAGGCCAUGUCAUCUACAAAGGAGGACGAAGAUCCAUUUAUGAGGAUUGUAGAAGUUUUGGACUCCAUAGAUAAACUACAAUUUACACCUGACAUUAGGAUGCCGGUGAUAAAGUCAGCGGAGCCAGAGAAUGGCAGUAUCAGUUAUCAAAAACACUUGGUUUCCAGAUUACCUCAAAACAAUGAACAAGUUCCUUCAGAGCUUAUCACAUCAUGUGUUGCUACUUUGCUCAUGAUACGGACAUGUACUGAGCGACAAUUUCCCCCAGCCGAUGUGGCUCAAAUUAUGGAUUUGGCUGCUAGAAGCUUGCAUCCAUGGUGUAGCGAGAACCUGUGGAUUUACCGAGAAAUACAAAGGUGCAUGGGCAAAAUUAAAACUCAAAUAUUAGCUUUAAUACCAACUUGAAUAAUGAAUAUGAUGCUUUUUUUUCAUGUAAAUAUGUUGGAGUCCUAUUCAUUUAUUUAUUUCGCCGAUUGAAUUUUUUAUUGUUCA